AUGGCAACUACAUCGAAGUCAGACUCAGAGUCCACAUCGCCCCAAGCUCCUCCUCCCCUCGCCCUCCCCCCUGCAGGCUUGCAUUUUGCGCCCGACCCACCUCAUCCAGAUUCUGAAGAAUUUUGGCAGAAUAAUCGGUUCAGGACGGCGCAGGAAUUGGAGCCGAUCUAUGAAGCUAGAGUAAGGAACCCAGACUCGAGUGCACAUCUCUCGCCAAAUGCUCUUACAACCCAACCUGGGCACUCCCCAACAAUACGCUCUCGUGGCUCUCCUAGCAUAAGAUCCCGUGGCCCAUCAAUACGGAGCUACAACAGCCGUCCUUUUCGCUUGCGACGAUACUCGGAUCUGAGCACCGUGACAGAUGCUGAGGGCCCGGAUGCGCAAGAUGCGAGGAGAUAUCGGUUGAGGAGGCAGAUGCCGCAUUGGUCCGAUCCGAUUGUCAAGAUCUGGAAGAGUGAGGUUAGUGUGGCGAUAGAUGAUGGGGCUCAUAGAGAUCAUUUGGCUCUAGAACGCACCUUCCUAGGCUACCUACGCACCUCCCUCGCUCUCGCCAUGACUGGCGUGCUCACCGCCCAGCUCUUCCGCCUUCAACACUCGGUCAACCCGUCGCCUACAUUCGGAUUCUUCGUGCUGGGGAUCCCACUCGCUGCGACAUUUAUCGGCUUUGGAAUGAUCGUACUACUAAUCGGCGCGUUUAGAUUCUGGCGGCAACAGCGAGCGAUGAUUCGAGGGAAGAUCUAUGCUGGAGGUUGGGAAAUCGCUGCGAUCAUGGGGUUGAGUAUUGUGUUGUGUACGGUGGCUUUUGUGCUGAUUACCGCGGUCGAUAUUGACAAGACGUAUUUCUGA